AUGGCGGCUUCCGAAGGUUCAACAGAAGCAUGCAGACAUGGCAGGAAAUGUUCGAAGGUGGCUGGGCAUAAGGGCCGAAGCAACUCAGAAAAGCCCCUCCAUUCGUUUUGGGAGUCAUCCUCAGUAUUUAAAUUGAACAUCCGUAAACGGAAACUGAUCGAAGAGGAGAAGCAAUUUGAUGAACAGCACGAGGCAAAGCUAUUGUUACUCAAUGACCAAGAAGAAGCACUCAACACAACGGAACUGGCGAUUCAAACUGAAUUAAACGAGAAAGGUAAAAGUUACCAAUAGAUUCAUUCAAUACAAUGUCAUGUCAUUUUAUGACAAGACAACAGAAGGCUAUAUUUUCAACUCUUGCAUACCCAUCUACAAUAAACAUAUUAAAAAAAAAUGGUGGUAACAAAGCAUGAGGGAAAAAUUCCAUGUAGAUGUCUGUAUAGAGUUUGUAUCUUGGAAAUAGAAUGAGCCAAUCGAGACAGUGUUAUUUAACCAUUUUGCUGAACUUUCUUGUAAGCUUAAUUAUUUAUCUCAAUUAAUUUCAGUAUCCAUAUUUCUGUAUCUAUAUAAAAAGGUAAGCAUGGUUCGUACAAUCUUCAAAAGGUCUUGAAUUUUAGCAGUCAUCUUGAAAAGUCCUUGAAUCAGCUUAGGUCCUUGAAAAGUACUUGAUUUCUCAAUUUCGUCUUGAAAUGUCCUUGAAAGUUACUAAAUUGUUUUACACCACAUCAGUUUCUGAAAAAUUAAAUGUUUUUUUCUGUGGAAUUUUUCCAUCUGCUGCAUCUAAUUAGAAAGAUAACAUUGAACAAAACAAAUUGUCUGUAUAAAACACUGACGAAGCAGGACAAGACGUGAUCAACCGUGGCUGGAGUAAGAAUCGUAAAUCACAGCAUUAGUUAAGAGUUUUAGCCGAUAAAUUGUAAAAAGGGAGACAAAGAAAGUCCUUGAAAGCUCUAAUUUGUACUUGAAAAGUCCUUAAAAAGUCCUUGCAUUUUGUUUGUCUGAAGUUGUACGAACCAUGGUAAGCUUUUACUUUUAAUUAAAAUUAUCUGUGCACUUUUAUUCACAGAGAAUGAGUAAUGUGGUCUACGCAAAGGCUUUCAAGAAACAAAUGCACUGGUUGAAUCAACAAAGAAGGAGUUGUCUGUUGUUUCCCAGCAGAAUCAACAUCUUAAAUCCAUGAUUUCAUCUCUUGGUUUGGAUUGUAAGCAAUUUUCCAAGUCAAAACGAGAGCAAAAUAGCACAUCACCAGAUACUAAAUCUACCACAAGGCACCGCAGACGAAAAGAGACAGAGCAAGCCCUAAAGUUUAUCCAUGGUGGGGAGUCAGGUUCAUAUCAUGGAGCAUGGGACUACAUUGUAGCAAAUGCUCCCAAAGAACUGGUUGGUGAAUUCAUUACGGGUUAUAAAAGGGGGAAGUACAUGCAAGAACUGUAUGAAAAGGCAGUGAAAGAGCACCAAGCAUCCCCUGAAGGAUUGAAGCAAGCAAUAUCAACUAAAUAUCAAAACUUUCUCUCCCCAAGGAAAUUCAUGCUGGUAUGUAAAACUCAGACCUCAUACUUUAAUGCUGAGUCAGAAGUAUGGGUUCCAAGAAAUGUUAAGUGUAUGGGGAUAGAUCUAAGGAUUCCACGACCUACAUCCAAUGCUGCUGUAGACAAGUUUGUUAAGCAGUUAAACAUUGGUACCGCCAAUCAAAUCCCAAAUGCUCCUGGAGUGACAAGAACUGUCACUGGACGUGUGUUUAUGAUCAUAGAUUUACAUCUGCGAGUACCACAUCUGACAAAGAAGCUUGUUUGGUUUAACGACCUGGAGAAUUAUUUCAUAUUCCAGUUUUCUGAUGAUGGUGCCCCAGAAACUAGCCAGUUGACAAUGUCAAUAGGGAGUUUGACAAUGUGGAACUUGGGCGACAGAGUUCGAAGUUCUGACUUCCAAUACCUCCUGCACUGUGUAAGCUUAGGAGAGAAAGAUGAGGUAUUGGAAAAUCUGUGGAAGCAGCACACAGAUGAGAUGGCUCUGCUAGAGGGGAACAUUAUCAUUGUGUGUGAAAAGCAGUGCACAGUCGACUUCCAGCCCAGUGCUGACAUGUGUUGGCAGAGUUGGGCAAAUAAUGAACUUAACCAGGCUGCCACUUACCCAUCUCCAUAUGCAAAUGUACACAAGGGAUCACUCUGUACCAUGGGGGGAUCAAUUGGAUGCUCGCCAUCUGAUACUUGGAAACCGUACAGCAAUGCAGAUCGAUCAGAGCAUGCAAAGAUGGUUGCCAAAUUUAUGGCAACCAUCGCAAGCACUAUUCCAGAAAAGACAAGGCAUGAAAAGAAGCUGGGAUACAUGGCAGAAAAUGGCAUCAGACAGCUUGGGCCUCCUCGCAUUGGACAGUUUCCUGACAGACAAAGACUUGAACCACUCCAUUGUGAGAUAAAUGCAUGGCAGCAAAUAUUGUCUAUCAUUUAUUUGCAAUUUGUCCAGCGGGGUAUGUUUGAUGUAUUUGUGACAGUGUUAAGUAAUCCCACAAAAAAGCCUGCAGAUGCAACUCCUACGGGUGAUUCAACCACUGGACAGCCAUUGUUGGGUUGUGGAUUAUCUUAUGUAGUACCUUUGAUCAAGGAACAUUAUGCAGAUGAAAAAAAGAAACACAACAAACUCCCAACAAGGCUUAUUGGAGUACAAGCUAUCGCACUGGCAAGAUAUGCCUACCGGUUGAUUGAUAGUUUGCAGUCCACAGAUGAGUCACCAUCACAGUGUGUUAUACGUUUGGCACUUGGUAGAAUAGUGCUAUAUCUACGACAGGCAUGCUUCAUUUUCAACAAGGUGUCAACAACACCAGCAGAUUUAGAUGAACUUGAUGAGAAUUGCAAGCUGUAUUUUAAUUUGUUGUGCCUGUUUUUUCCAAGUCAUGUUAACGUCACUACUAGGACAGUUGCUUAUGCAAUUCCAUACCAUGCCUUCAAGCUCUAUGAGACCUAUAAGGUUGGGUAUGGAAUAAUUUCCCAGCAAGCAAAGGAAGCUAAACAUUCAGGCGUCAAAAAUGACCUAGCAUUAAGCAACAGAUGCACGAGUCAGGAUACCUCUGGCAAAUGGUGGCAAGUUAUGCGAGCUCACUAUGUGCGAAGUUUUUACCUCCCUGAACAUCAACCAAUGCCGAACACCUACAAGUCACACUUUCAAUCUCGUGUACCACCCCAUUGUAAAUCAGAUGAAAUUUGUAACUGUGGGAGGGAUAAAGAUGAAGGCUUGGACUACUGUGAAACUUGCCUUGAGUGUAGUGAAAUUGUAAAGUCUGCACAAAGUGAAAAGCUUUCAGAAGACUUGAGUAAACUGCUUAAACCCCUGUCAUGCACACUCUGUGAUGAGCGUUUUGCAGAUGAAAGCAUAUUGGAAGCACAUAUUUCAACUCACAACCAAGUCACUGUUUGCAGCAACAAGAAUCCCAAAGCCAUGACUGUGGCAGAACUAAAAACUGAACUGAGGAAACUGAAUGUCAGUUCAGUUGGAACAAAAGACAUUUUGAUCAAGAGACUUGAGAUGAAAAUUGCUGGAGGUUGCUAA